UUGAAUGGCAAUCAACAAGGACCAAGAAGAAUUGCCCCUGAAAGGGCCCAGCAUAAUCUAUAUGCACUCUGGACCAAGGUGAUUGUGUUUCCUCCCACCUAUGCACAGGGACCUGAGGCAUUUCCGGCCCUGAGUGCUGGCACAAGUGACACCCGUGCACCUGGGCCUCUAUAGCCUUAUCUAGCCCAGGCCACCACAGAUGGCUGCGCACAAGCACUUUCAUCCUGACAAUGCCAGAAUGACCCUCAUGGAGAGAGACCAAGAUUCUCGGUCUCAAUGAUGCAGGAAUAACUACCCUGCUGCCUCACAACAGGCAACCCUUAAAGAUGGAUAACUCAUGCUUCUUGAGCCAGAAGCUUUGGAACUCAGUACCUGGACUUCUGUCAGGCCAUCCAGACAAAACCCAUGAAAGCACACGUGGCAGUGUUGCACACUGGUUUGAAAAGUGGCUUGAGCUUAUCUUUUAUCUUCAGACAACACAGAAAGCUCAAGAAGCCAUGCACUCACAUCUGAUGGAGAAAUGGCACACCAUCCACAGGCGCCAUGAAAGAGGCUUGGAGAGAUUAUACAAACUCUACCACGAACAGAAGGAGGAACUCUCCCCAGAACGGGCACAUGCAGUGGAAGGAGAUAAGGAAGACGCCUACGUGCAAUGGAUGGACUCUGAACAGCAACUCAAGGACAUUCAAGAACAGUUAAGAGACCUAAGAGUCGACAGCGAGAUGCAAAGCCUCAGGCUAAUAAACGAGGAAUGUAAGAAGCUUCUAGUGAGCUCACAUGGUUCCCCACAGCCCGACCCUCACCAGAAAGGCAGACCGGUCAACAGAGCCGAGUCCGAAGUUUCCCGCUAUUCACAUGCACCAUCACAAUGGUCGCACGCAGAUCCAUCCCAUGUGUCUGGAAAGGCCUCAUCUUUUCGCCACAUGUCCAAGGCACACUCCAGCGUGUCCCAACACUCGCAUAUCACAGGACCCUCCCGCCAUUCAAAGGCAUCUCGCCAGAGCCAUGCAUCUCGAGCCUCAAGAGCAGAGAGUAUUGCCGCCCGUCUCAGGGAAGCACGGAUCAAUACCGCAAUGGCCAACAUUGCUGCAGAAGCAGCAGUAGACGACAAGCUACAUAGAGAAGACUUGGCCAAAGCUCAGGCCAACUUUGAGAUUUUCCAGCGACAACAGAGAGCAAAAGAGGCAGCCGCAAUAGAAGCGAUCCUGCAGAGAGAGUUAGAAGAUGCCAUGUCAACGCCCAAUUUGGAAAGUCUAGGAAGGGAAAGUUCUCACAGCCGUGUACAGGCCUAUGUGGACAACCAAAGCGCACUCCAGAAUGCACAGAUGAGAGCACCACAGCCAGCCAGAAGCCCCCCAAGACUGAGUAGACGAACAGAGGAAUCUCAACGACCUGAUUCGCUGGUCAACUGCAGAGUUGAUGUCACGACACCUAGGUCAUGAGAUCCUCCCGCCGUUGUUGCCACAUCGAACCUAAUGGGAUUACCAGCAAUGGCAAUGACUGCACAGCGGGGAGUGCCACAAGAUCUUUCCACCAUUAUUACCCCAGCAAUGGCAACAACUGCACAGCCGGGAGUGCCACAAGAUCUUUCCACCAUUAUUAACCCAGCAAUGGCAACAACUGCACAGCUGGGAGUGCCACAAGAUCUUUCCACCAUUAUUAACCCAGCAAUGGCAACAACUGCACAGCGGGGAGUGCCACUAGAUCUUCCCACCGUUAUUACCCCACAGAACCCACCAAACCAUACCACUAAUGGCAAUCGGAUGGAUCCACCUAUAGCGCCAACAGCCCUACAGCAGCUCAGGGAAGAGAUUGAAAGAGUUAGAGCCACACUAGAGUCACUAGAGUCCCUGCUGCACCAACAGGAGGCCGCGCCCCAAGGAACUGCCACCAAUCCUGACUACAGGGGACAGCCUCGAGCAUCAGCUCUGACAGCCUACCAGGAAGCUAGCUACACUCUACCAGAAACACAGACCUUCCAACACGUAAGCAAGCAAGAGCCUGGGCUCCCUCAGCUCAAUGCCAGAGCAGCAGAGUUCAGAUCAAGCCAACAAGGUCCCUUGCACGUGACAUGGCAAAAUACACCCAGCCACCAAUACGCCGAAGGAAGUUACCAGCCAAACAUGGCACACGCCCCUACUCCUGGAAGCGAUGUACCAUCGCCACCCAGUUACACCCCUAUGAGACUUUACAGAAGCAACAUAGAUCUGGCAUCCAAGGGCGUACACAAAUUCCCCGAUAAACCGGGGAAGGACUACGUAUUGUGGAAGCUCACGUUCCAAACCGCUAUCCAAGAUGAAGCUAUAACAUCGAGCGAAGCGCUCGGACACAUGAAAACAUGGCUGGGACCAGCUUCCACACGAUUAGUAGAGAACACUCAACUAGCCCACCUAGGCAACCCAGCUACCACCCUUCUCAAAGCUUGGGAAAGGCUCGAUGAGCAGUAUGGCGGACAUGAACUGACAGAAAAGUCACUCUUGGAUUGCAUUUACAUCUUCCCUAACAUCUAUAUCAAUGAUCACACCCAGAUGUUGGAAUUCGCUGACACGCUCUCGAUGCUACAUUCAGUUCGCGAGCAACCCAACAUGCCAAAACUUACCUGCCUCGAUCAGUUCAAGAAGCAAAGGAUCAUAGUUAGAAAACUACCAAAGCAGUCAAGGGACGAAUGGGCCAAAAUAUCAGAAACCCACAGGAACCAAGACCCUGACGCACCACCUGCCUUCGCUGUACUCGCUGAAUUUGUGACCGACCAAGCAAAACUACGUUGUAAUGCCAGCAACUUCGAGCCAACACAUGACAACUUCAGCCCCAACCAAAAUUCUUCCCAAGCUACGGACAGAACCACACCUUUGGUGUAUAAAACAGACAUCACGCCUUCCCCAAAGAUGUCUCCAGACGAACAAACACCUAGAAGCGCUCUUUCGAACCCUCAUCCAACUACCAAAGGCCUAACUUGCCCGAUACACAAGUUCUCUCACUCUCUAAAUGAUUGCAGAGAAUUUAGGAAGAAAUCCCUAGAUGACCGAAAGACCCUACUCAAAGAGAAUAGGAUAUGUUUCAAAUGCUGUGACUCUAUGGAUCACAUGGCCAAGGACUGCACAGCUAAGGUGAAAUGCCACCUGUGCAACAGCGACAGGCACCCAGCAGCCUUACACCUAGAACCUAAGAUGCUGUCUAAGGAAUCACGACAAGCAACUAGCUCUACACCAGACUAAUCACUGACCGAGUCCUGUUGCUAAGGAAGACCAGCUUAGACAAUUGAACCUCUUCAGUUCCAGCUGUUCCUGACCCUUCAGUCCCAGCUGUUGUUCCUGAUUCUUCAGCUCCGGCUGUU